CAUAAACAUUGCGCAUAAAUUUGUAAAUGCCGUAUUUUCUCAAUUUUAUCUUGUAAUUUAAGUUGUGACUGUGAAUAUGAGCAACAAAGAAGCAAAUUUAACAAACGUGACACUUGAUAAACAUUCAGGAUUAUGCAAAUUGAAGAAACGCUGGAAUCGCAUUGAGUCUUCAUCUUCGGGGCGGGAAAGUGACGAAAGUGAGGUUAUAGGAUCCUCACAAGACUUCCAGCCACUUACAGCAUCUGCCAGGAAGUUGGUAGCGAACAUCUCCAGGCACGCAAUACCCAAACGAGCAAAACAGUCUGGCAAGGAGUCUUCAGACAGUGACUUAGAUGAUCUUCUUGAGAACCCUGUGAAGACACAAACAAAAGAUUCUGGGAGCUGUUCCCGAGGACAGAAGAGAAUGUCUCGUCUUGAUAUUCUUUACACGAGCAGUUCAGAGAAUAAAUUCACCUUCAAGAAGAGGCGACUGGCAUUGAAAGAUGCUGAAGAAGACGGGAGAGGACGGAGAGGACCUAGACAGAAACUGGUUUAUGAUGACAACCAUGAAGACACCCAGAAACACCUGCAAUCCUUGAUAGAAAACGACAGUUCAGAUUCUAAUGAUGGAAAUGCCAAGCAAAGUCCAGAAGAGAAGAAGAAGUUUAUAAAAACUCCCUCAACGACCAUCGAUUGGAAUGAAUCUUUGGAAGAAUCUAAUCCUGAACAGACUAUAGUCUUCUCAGAGGAGUCGGUGAAAACGCCAAUCAACUAUACGAGGAUUACAGCUGACGAAAUCAGCGAAUACUUUGGAUUAAAAUACAUCAACUGCACCAUCGAUGGAAGAAAGAGCAUUGUUCUCUUGAGACCUCGCCAGGAAGACGUGAGAAAGAAUCAAACGCUGGAUGUUGAACUCUCGGAGAAACAAAUUAGGAUGUCAGAUUGCCCUGUUUAUCUGGUAGAUAAGUACAGGAUAAUAAUAAAGUAAAAACAAGGGCUCCUGUCGCAAAGUAUUCAAAGCCAGA